AUGGAUGUCAUCACAGCGUUGGUGACAGCACUGAGCAAUGAAGAUGAAUGGAUCAGAAGUAACGCAUGUGAACUUCUCGGUCAGAUGGGUGAAAAAGCAGCAACAAACGACGUGAUUGCAGCGCUGCUGACCGCACUGCAGGACACUUAUAAGAUUGUCAGAAGUAAGGCAUGUGAAGCUCUCGGCCGGAUGGGUGAAAAAGCAGCAACAAACGACGUAAUCGUAGCUCUGAUGACCGCGCUAGAGGAUAAGGCUAGUACUGUCCGAAGUAACGCAUGUGGUGCUCUGGGUCAUAUUAGUGGAAAAGCAGCGACGAAGAAUGUGGUCGCAAAGCUGGUGACUGCAUUGAGAGAUGUGACUUAUGAUGUUAGAGAAGCCGCAUGUGAUGCGCUCGGUCGAAUUUGUGAAAAAGCAGUGACGGAUGAUGUGAUCUUAGCGCUGAUGACCGCGCUGGAAGAUAGAGAUGGUAGUGUCAGAAGAACCGCAUGUGGAGCUCUCGGUGAAAUUGGUGAAAAAGUAAGGACAAAAGACGUGAUCGCAGCACUGGUGACCGCAUUGAAAGAUGUGGAAGAGUAUGUUAGGAAAGACGCAUGUAAAGCACUCCGUCGGAUUUGUGAAAAAGCAGCAACGAAUGAUGUUAUCGCAGUGAUGGUGGUCGCACUGAGAGAUAUGGAUGAUUAUGUCAGACAAGAGGCGUGUAAGGCACUUGGUCAGAGGGGUGAAAAAGCAGCAACGAAGGAUGUGAUUGCAGCGCUGGUAACUACACUCAACGAUGCCAAUGUUUGGGUUAGACAUAAGGCCUAUGGAGCUCUUAGUCACAGCAUUGUAAAAGUAGCAACGAAUGACACGAUCACGCCACUUGUAGCCGCAGCCGGAGCAACGAAUGUUGGUGUCAGAAAAAUGGCAUGCGCAUUACUCGGUCAGAUCGGUUUAGAAGCAGCAACGAGCGACGUAUUUGCAGCGCUACUAACUGCACUGGGAGAUGCGAAUAAAAUUGUUAGACAGAAGGCAUGUGUCGCUCUUGGUCAUUUGGGUAAAAGAGCAGUAACAAAAGACGUGAUUGUAGCGCUGAUGGUCGCACUACGGGAUACGCAUAAUAUUGUCAGAGGAGAGGCAUGUAUCGCUCUCGGUCGGAUUUGUGGAAAAGCAGCAAAGCAUGACGCGCAUCAUUAUGCCAGAGGAGAGGCAUAUGCACUAGUCGGUCAGAUGGAUGAGAAAGCAGCAACAAACAACGUAAUUGCAGCUCUGUUAACUGCACUGAAGGAUGCAAACGAUAAUGUUCGACAGAAGGCAUGUAUCGCCCUCGGUCAGAUGGGUGAAAAAGCUGCAACGAAUGAUGUGAUCGCAACAUUGGUGACCGCAUCGAGGGAUGCGAAUGAUAAUGUCCGACAGAAGGCAUGUGUCGCUCUCGGUCAGAUGGGUGAAAAAGCAGCAACGAACAACGUGAUCAAAGCACUGAUGAGCGCAAUGGAGAAUGUGAAUAGUAUUACCAGACUCAAAGCAUGUGAAGCUCUCAGUCAGAUGGGUGAAAAAGCAGCAACAAAUGAUGUAUUUGCCGUGCUGGUUGCCAAACUGGGGGAUACCGAUAAUAUUGUCAGAAGUAAAGCAUGUGAAGCUCUCGGUCAGAUGGGUAAAAAAGCAGCAACAAACGACGUAAUCGCAGCGCUGACGGUUGCACUGGGGGAUACCGAUAAUAUAGUCAGAAGUAAAGCAUGUGAAGCUCUCGGUCAGAUGGGUGAAGAAGCAGCAGCGAACGACGUGAUUGUAGCGCCGGUGUACACAGUAGGAGAUGUGAAUGAUGGGGUCAAACAGAAGGCAUAUGAAGCUCUUCGUCGUGUUAGUGGAAAAGAAGCAGCGAACAAGGUGAUUGCCUUGCUGGUGGAUGCAUUAAGCGAUGCGAAUGCUAGAAAGAAGGUGUGUGAAGCUCUCAGUUUUAUCGGUGGAGAAGCAGCAAUAAACAGCGUUAUUUACGGAUUAUUAUGUAUCGAUGAUUACGAUGCUGAUGUAGCAUUGGAAAAAUUUUUUGUUUCUGGGUCGUCAUGGUCUGAUAUAGAUCGGAAUACAGUGUUAAAAUUAUCUGAUUUCUGGAGCCGCCAAGAAUGGUAUGUACGCAAUGUACCUACAGAGAAGAUUAUGGAUACGUACAGGUUUACAAAAAUCGCUGAAUGGUGCCCUAUUAUUGGUUUACAUUCCCUUCGUACUGCUUGUGGUAUUACUAUUGUUGGGCAGAGGGUGAUUGUUUAUGGCAACUCUAAUCCAAUAGCGUUUGACAUGCCGAGUUCCACACUUUGUGAUCAGUUAGCUGGCGUGUUUGAUAAUCAGAGAGGUUUGGCGUUUUACCUUCCAAACAAGUCCAAGAAACGUGGUUUUAGUGUUUAA